AUCAGCUUGCCUAAACCAUGGAUUUAAAAGCCUAAAUAACCACGCAAAGGCUUUAAAUCCGGGGUGUUUACAAAGUCGUGACAGAGACGUUAGCAUCAACUUUGAAUCAUGAUGGCGACCAGUUACAACGCCAAAGACGAGGACGGGCACAUCACCGUGUCCGGGCCCGGCGGCGGGACUCUGCGGAGCAGGAAGCCGGAGAACACGGCGUUCAAACAGCAGCGGCUCCCCGCCUGGCAGCCCAUCCUCACCGCGGGCACCGUGCUCCCUGCCUUCUUCAUCAUCGGACUCAUCUUCAUCCCUAUCGGCAUCGGCCUGUACGUGACGUCCAACAACAUCCGGGAGUUUGAGGUUGACUACACCGGCGUCGACAUGUCCAGUCCCUGCUUCAACUGCUCACAGAACUACAGCUGGAACAGCAGCAGGCCCUGUACCUGCACGAUACCCUUCUACCUGGAGCAGCCGUACGAAGGAAACGUCUACAUGUAUUACGGCCUCUCCAACUUCUACCAAAACCACCGGCGCUACGUGAAGUCCAGAGACGACAGUCAGCUGCACGGAGACAUGGACUCCCUUCUGACACCCAGUAAGGAGUGUGAGCCGUACGCUUUUCAUGACAAAAAACCCAUCGCUCCGUGUGGAGCCAUCGCCAACAGCAUGUUCAAUGACACAUUGGAGCUUUUUUACAACGACCCCAACGGCACCAAGGUCCUGGUUCCUCUGGCCAACACCGGCAUCGCCUGGUUUACUGACAAAUAUGUGAAGUUCAAGAACCCCGGAGGAGAUGGCGCAAACCUGACGGCUGUUUUUCAAGGUACAUCGAAGCCGGUGAACUGGCUCAAACCUGUUUACGAGCUGGACAAAAACUCAUCCAACAACGGCUUCAUCAACGAGGACUUCAUCGUGUGGAUGAGGACGGCCGCCUUACCGACCUUCCGCAAACUCUACCGCACCAUCAAGGACGCCAAAGUGAUUCCGACUCUGCCCUCUGGAAACUACACCCUGGAGGUCGUCUACAAUUAUCCCGUGCGCAGCUUCGAGGGCAGGAAGCGGAUGAUCCUGAGCACCAUCUCCUGGAUGGGAGGGAAGAACCCCUUCCUGGGCAUCGCCUACGUCACCGUGGGCUCCGUCUGCUUCUUCCUCGGCGUCGUCCUGCUCGUCAUCCACCACAAGUGUGGCAACCGCAACAACAGCGCUGACAUUUCUAACUGAGACGGCACAGCUUUUCCUCUCCAGCUCACCGCCGCUGCAGCAGAUAGAGACACGUCCUGUCAGGGUCGACGUUAGCCGAGCGUACAUACAUUUAAAUGUGUCAUAUCCUCAUCCUGAUUCUUCAGCACUCUGACACAUGUUUUAAAAGCUGAAGGUGGCUGAUUAUUUCCCAAAAAUGAACCAAAAGAAGCCAUCAUUUUGCAUCCUCAGGCGACAUCUUUUGACAGAUUAUCCUCCGUGGUUAGACGUCAGAUGGACCGACUUCCUUCACUACGUUAAAUAGAAGCUUAAAGUCUUUAUAUGUGAUUUUUCACACUUAAAUAGAAAUCAAGUAUAUCCUCUGAAAAUAACUCUGUGAGUCAUGACUGUCUACAAUGGGUGUAACACCCGAGUCCCACUGUCUGUGAUGUUUUCAGAGUCCUAUCUUCAGUUUGUUUACAUCGCCCGGACGGCCGGCUGACUCCUCCCCUCGAGUAUAAAACAUACUGUACUCACUGCUUAACUGUGUUUCUAGAUCACGCUCAUUUCAGGUAAAUUUACAUGCAGUGUGAAGAUACGAGCAUAAUAAAGAUCGCUAGCAUUAGCAUGCUAACACAACAAUGCAGCGCGAGUUGUUUUGGUUUCAUGCUGGUGCUCAAGGGCGACAUCUGCUGGAUCAACAAAAUCACAUGUAAAGCCUUUAAGCAGGAAUGAGUCUUGUUUAGUCAACUUUCUGGACUUUAUUUGUGUGAUGUUUGUCAGCUUGUGGCUGCAGUUUAGGUGAGCUAGAGCGCGGCGGCUGAGCUGCAUGCUGAUUCGCUGAGAUGUUAAUGUGUUUAUAUAUCGAGCUGCUGGCUCGUCUUUGUGCCUCGUUACAUCUUCAACAUCAGCCAAAUGUCAAACUAUAGAGUCAUGCUUUCACUGUGCCGGGGGCGCCGCGGAGAGAGAGGGACAUAAAAUGUUCAGGGGAGGCUGUGAGUUUAAAAAAAAAAAAAAUCUUUAUUUUUUCUAUUCAUGUCAGAGUUUAAGAAAAUGUUUGCGAUGGAAAACCAGAUUUUGCACAUUAGAGCUCAGGUGGAGGGGGGAGGGAGGGGGUGUGUCUAAAGGUGGUUUUGAGGUUUUUGUCUCGGUUUCAGGAACUGUAAAUGUGUGUGUGUUUGUUCUCAGUCAGCCAACCAGGUUAAGUGAAUCAAAGCUUGAUGUUGAGGACGUUUCACCUCUCCUUUAAAAACACUUCUUCAGCGCUAACUCAGCUAACCACUCUCAUGUGAGUCAUCCUUCAUCUGUACAGAGGUUAAAGUUCCUCGCUCCGUCCACCACUUAGUUUAGAGCUGAAGACGUCUUUCAGAGAAGAAGAGGUGAAACAUCUACAAGAUCUUCAGCCGUGUGUGUGUGUUUAAAACUCCUGCAGAUAAGUGUACAGUAACACAGUGAUGUGGCUUUAUGCAUCGUCGUUUACACAAAAUGAUUCAAGUAAAUCAAACACAGCAUGUUGUAACAGAAAUGCAGUAUGACCAAAUACAUGUGAUUUAAUGUUGAUGUUUGUCUCUCACUGUUUACACCGUUUACAUCUAACCCGACACACACACACGUUUCACAUUAAUCCUGCCACUUACAUGCAUUCUCGACUAGCUGAAAUUAUACAAAUGCACUAAAAAAUUAUGAUGCAUGUUAAAACGUUUGGUGUAAAAAUAUCAUUUCAUCUUGCUGAAUUGUGACUGCAAAUUUGAGAAGCACUGGAUUUCUUUUUAUACUCAGUUUGUCUUGUUUUGUUGCUUUAAAAGAAUAAACUUUUCAACCAAAGCAGGUUUUUUGUGA